AUGGCCUCUCUAUACAGUGCAGCAGCAGCAGCUGCAGCUACUGCUGCUGCUGCAGAGGAAAACUGCAGCAGCAGCAACGCCAACGACAACAACGCCCAGAGCUCAACAGGGCAAGCCGGUGCUGCUGUCACGACAGCAGCAGCAAUAGCAGCCGCAGCAGAGGCAGCAGCAGAAGAGGCAGGAGACGAAGCAGCAGCAGCAGAGGCAGCCAUAGCAAUUGAUGCAGAACAAUCUGCUGCAGCAGAAGCAGCGCCCCUUUCCUCAGCAGCAGCAGCAGCAGAUACAAAUGGCACUGAGAAUGUGUCUAUCUUCUCGUUUUCAGGGGGAUCUCCAGCAGCAGCAGCAGCAGGAGAACCAGCAGCAGCAACAGCAACAGCAGCAGCACCAGCCAUAGCAGAUGCAGCAUCGCCAGCAGCUGCAGCAGCAAUAACAGCCCCAGAAGGACCAGCAACAACAACAGCAGCAGCAGCGGGAAGCAGCAGCAGCAGCAGCAGCAGCAAGGCGCUGAUAUCUCCUUAUUUGUAUGACAGCACAUCGCCACAGGAGAGGCAGCAGCUGCUGCAGCUUUUACUCUAUUCAGAGGUGAGGGAUCAGCAGGUGCUGCUACCGUCUGCCUCAGAUGCUGCACGUGGGGCCCUGAUUCCAGCAGCAGCAGCAGCAGCAGCAGGAACAGCAGCAGCAGCAGCAGCAGGAACAGCAGCAGCAACAGUCUCAAAGGAGGCAGAGCUCGAUCUCUUUCCUCUGCCGGAGUUUGUUAGGGAGGCAGCAGCAGCAACAGCAGCAGCAGCAGCAGCAACAGUAGCAGCAAAUGAAUUUUCAGCUCAGCAGGAGACCCGCCCGGUUGCUCCAAGUGCUGCUGCUGCUGCUGCUGCAGCUGCAGCAGCUGCUGCUGCUGCAGCUGCACUUGCAGAGGCCGAAGCAGCGAAAGAGACAAGAGGAGCUGUACACUCUGCUGCUGCUUCCUCUGCAGGAGCAGCAACAGCAGCAGCAACAGCAGCAGCAACCGAAGCAGCAGCAGAUGCGCGAGACACAGCAGCAGCACCCGAAUCAUCAGCAGCAGCAACAGCAGCAGCAGCAGCAGCAACAGCAGCAGCCGCAGCAGCAAGUAGAAGUGAAGUAGAAGCAGAAUUAUUGUCUUCACUUGAUGCUUUUUAUUUCCAACGAAAUUUGCUGCUGCUGCGGCUGAAGCAGCAGCUGCAGCAAGCGCAGCAGGAACUGCAGCAACUAACAGACGCAAAAGCAGCAGCAGAUGCAUUUGUUGAUGAGAUAGCGGCAACGCGCGCCAAACGAAAACAGCAGCAGCAGCAACAGCAGCAGCAGCAGCAGCAGGGUCGAGUGUAUUUUGAGCCUGUUGCUCCCAACAGU